AUGGGCGCUGAUCUCAGCCUGCCAUCAUGCAUUGCUCCGGCUGUCCUAAUGGCAUUCGUAAGUUGGGACUUUUACGAACAUCUCUUGUCCGAACGAAACAAAACUCGCUAUCGAGCUUUUCCUUUCCCCAAGCCACAAGAAUGGCUCCACCAUCCUUCAAAUGUCAGCGUCAUCAUCCCAACCGUUGGGCAUGAGGAAAGCUUUGAAGGAUGUAUCUGUAGUAUCCUCAAGAACAAUCCUCGAGAGAUCAUCAUCGUCACUACCGAGGCAGAGAAAGCCAAAGUUGCAGAGCUUGUUCGCACUGAUCGUAUAGAAUCUCUUCGAAAUAAAACAGAGAUUGACAUUCUGACUGUGUCUGCUGCAAACAAACGGGAUCAGAUCAUCCAUGGUGUCAACGCUAGCAAAGGCAGCAUAUUGGCCUUGGUCGAUGACGACGCUUACUGGCCGCAUGAGGCGGUCUUGAAGCAUUUGCUUUCUCCUUUCCAGCAGGAAGACGUUGGUCUUGCUGGAGGUGCUGUGUUCUCGUAUCUUCCAGAAGAACGCAAGUGUCGGGACCUUAUAACGCCAUGGGAAGUCGCAGCCAUCCGUCUCCGCGGCAAGCGCCAUGGCAGCAUGAAGAGUGCGCAUGCUGCGGAUGGCGGCAUCAACUUUUGUGUGUCCGGCGUCACUAUGCUGCUGCGUGCUAGAAUCUUGCGGGACCCAGCAUUCCAGCACGCUUUCACGAACGACUACUGGAUGGGCGUGCGCCAGAACACUGGUGACGACGGCUUUCUUACGCGCUGGGUCCUCUUCCGCCAUCUGGUACACCCGCUCGCACAGGCGGACAACGGUAUCGCAGCAAGACCACGACAAUGGAGGCUUGGCAUCCAACUGACUCCAGAAGCAGAGGUCGGUACCACGAUUAUGCGGGAUUCACGCUUCGCCGGACAAAUGAAGCGCUGGUAUAGGAGUGGUCUUCGCCAUCGUCUGCUCUGUCUGGUGUAUGAGCCUGGUAUUCGUGGAAUAUGGCAGACCUUUCCGUUUAUGACCAGGAAAAUGCUGGAGGGUAUGCUGAAUCCAAUUCUCUUGUGGGUUCGGUUGUGGUCAAUAUACAAAAUAUUCCGUGCUGAACCCUGGUUAGCGCUGAUCAUACUUGGUUGGAAGACACAAAGCUAUGUCCGCGGAGUUCUCAGGUUUGUCGAUGAAUAUCCCUUCGCGAGGAGGUAUUGGUGGGCCGCUGUUCUGGCGGACAAGGUGUACCUCAUCUCAGACUGGUAUUGCUGGGCUACGCUGGGGACUGAAGCAUGGAUGUCCAGGCCCAAGGUAGAUAACAACGGCGGGUAUCCCGAAUCCAACGCAGGGCCUGAGAAAGACGCCUAG